AUGAAGCCUCUCUCUCCUAUAAAGACAUCUAUGAAGCCAUCUCUUCUCUCUAUAAAGACAUCUAUGAAGCCAUCUUCUCUCUAUAAAGACAUCUAUGAAACCAUCUCUUUACUCUCUAUAAAGACAUCUAUGAAACCAUCUCUUCUCUCUAUAAAGAGACAUCUAACAACUAUAGAGCCAUCUCUUCUCUCUAUAAAAAAAGAAGCCAUCUAUAGGCCAUCUCUUCUCUCUAUAAAAGACAUCUAUAAGCCAUCUCUUUCUCUCUAUAAAGACAUCUAUGAAGCCAUCUCUUCUCUCUAUAAAGACAUCUAUAAGCCAUCUCUUCUCUCUAUAAAGACAUCUAUGAAGCCAUCUCUGACAUUAUCUCCUUCAUUAUAUACUUCAUCUAUAAAGCCAUCUCUUUCAUUAUCUCCUUCAUCUGUAAACCAUCUCUUUCAUUAUCUCCUUCAUUAUUUCCUUUAUUAUCUCCUUCAUCUCCAUCUCUUCAUAAUCUCCUUCAUCAACAAACCAUCUCUUUCAUUAUCUCCUUCAUUAUAUCGUUCAUCUGAAGCCAUCUCUUUCAUUAUGUUCUCUAUAAAUCCUUCCCUCUAUGAAGCCAUCUCUUUCAUAAUCUCCUUCAUCUAUGAAGCCAUCUCUUCUCUCUAUAAUGUCAUCUAUGAAGCCAUCUUCUAUCUCCUCUAUGAAGCCAGAUCUCCUUCAUCUAUGAAGCCAUCUCUUUCAUUAUAUUCUUCAUUAUAA